AUGGCGGGACCGGGCGGUGAAGGCAGCGCGGCCGAAGCUGAGCCGGAGGCGGCUCCGGCGCCUAUGGAGGGGCUACAGCUGGUUCAGCAGGGGGCCGAGGCGAGGCUUUAUCGCGGCCUGUUCCUGGGCCGGCCGACAGUGAUGAAGCUCCGCUUCCCCAAGCGCUACCGGCACCCAGUCCUGGAAGAACGGUUGAGCCGCAAACGGACAGCCCAGGAGGCCCGCGCGCUGUUGCGUUGCCGACGGGCAGGGAUUUCUGCACCUGUGGUGUACUUUGUGGAUUAUGUUUCCAACUGUAUAUAUCUUGAAGAUAUUGUGGGAUCAGUUACUGUCCGGGACCAUAUAAUCUCUGUACAGAAAUAUGGAAAGGAUGUUAGCAGCCUUAUAAUGGUAGCAGAGAAGAUAGGUGAGGUUUUGGCACGAAUGCACGAUGAAGAUCUUAUACAUGGAGACCUUACAACUUCCAAUAUGCUUUUACGACCACCACCAGAAAAACUGGAGCUGGUACUGAUAGAUUUUGGACUGAGUUUUAUUUCUGCCCUUCCUGAGGAUAAGGGAGUUGAUUUGUAUGUCUUGGAGAAAGCUUUUCUGAGUACCCACCCAAAUACAGAGGCUCUGUUUGAAGCACUCUUGAAGAAGUACUCAGCUGUGUCUAAAAAAUCAGCCCCUGUGAUUAAAAAGCUGGAUGAAGUACGUCUAAGAGGAAGAAAGAGAUCCAUGGUUGGAUAAAAGAACAUAGACAGCGAUGACGGGGUUUCUUACUUGUACACACUUCAAAGUCU